GAUAUUUCCAGUCUCAUGUCUAUAACACCAGGUAGAGUAGUCAGAAAACAACGGCAUUGAAUGAGCACAACAUGCGUGGCUUAAGGUGUAAAUGCUGGACCUUUUGUCAGCAACAUGGUCUGUUGUCAUCUGGGAUAACCGGCUUACUUUUGACUUUUAUAGUGUUCUUAGAACUGUGGCAGAUUCUUAGCAGUCACACUAAAACAACUUGGUCUCCACUUCGCCUCCUGGGUCGUCCAGACUGGAUUUCUGUGUCAACGGCAACAGGGAUGAUCAUUGCCACGCAAGCUGUGAUACUGUGUGGCAUGUAUUUUGUAAUGUGCUGUUAUCUUAUAGGGGCAUACAGAAAGACAAACCAUCGGCUGGUGGCCCCAUGGUAUAUGAUGCAUAUUUUUCUUCUUAUGUAUCAAGCAGUGCUAAUUUGUAACUAUGGAAAACAACGUAGGUAUACAGAUUUCUUCAUAAUCAUUGUUGGUACAUUUAUAAACUUACUGCUGAUGGUGAUAGCAGCGAUCGCUGUUACGAAUUGGAAGGAGAAGCGUCAGCACCUACGGCACUUUACUGCUACUCCGGCAGAACGCCCACCGCUCUGUCCCAUUUGGCACGAAAUCGUCUCAGAUGGAAAUUAAACCGAUACGACCAGCGACAAGGGCGAGGUCAAGACUGGCGGUGUGGAAUGCCUCGUGAGGAAAUAUGGGUCGCCGUUACCUGUCUGAGCUGAAGUGUACUUCCGUCUGCUGAACCUGUAGAACUGGAGAAUGUUCGCAGUUAUUGAACUUGUAAAACACCGUUUUGACUGUUAAAGGACCCACAGAAGGUUCGCGAAUAGCAUUCAAAAUCCACACACCCAAAAUGAGCCACUGAAGAGGAGCCCGUCAACGCCUCAAAAACAAAUAUUUUGCUCAAAUUGCUCUAAUUAUAAUUUGGUUCUUAAUGCUGUUUUCAUACUUUUUAAUGCCUGCUGUUGCAUGCAUAUAACAGUAAUGAGGAGGUAGUGUCUAGUGUAUGUAGCCAAACUGAGUGAAAUAAAUAUUUUUAACAGUA